GGCUGUUCCUGAACCCCUCUAUCCCUAUACUAUCAUUAUUUCUUUGCUUAAUUGAGAAAUAUGCAAAUCUGCUAAAUACGUAUAAUCUCACUUGGAUUACACAAAACCUUCGCAUAGUUUCAUAUACCAGGUGGAAGAGAAUACACAAUCAACUGAGAUGACUCCUCAGACACCAGACUACAGUACUACUUUGAAAGUACAAUGUCACCUCUCUUCCUGUGUUGCACAUAUGUGUGGAAGGCAUCAUUUUAGAACCUACAACCUAGAACAUUCAAACUGCAUAAUUGUGUGACAUUAAAUUGGUGUGGUAGAUUAUUGCUUCAGAUAUUGGUAACACAAAUGUUGCAUGUAUUAUGGUAAACAAUUCCCUACCUUCUGUUUAACAAAAAUAUAUAUAUAUCACUAAGGGGAGAAAACAUCCCCUCCCAUCUAUAAUAAAACACCUUGUGCCUUUGACUCUAAAGCGUUAAAAGCACUCUAAAGGUUUGUGGUGCAAAACUGAGGACAUUUUUCACCGUUAUGCUUUCUACAGGGUUGUGAGUGAAUCCUACUAGUGCGCGCAGACUAACUGAAACUGAUAUGAUGUGCUCAUUCAUGGAAGCAUGAACAUCAUCCUGCUUCGGGCAAAGUUCAGUUCUUCCAGUGCCGUUUCAUGUGUGACCUGAAUUUCUCACAAGUUAACACACAAGUCACUGCAGGGCUUUCUGGGCUAUUCCAUUUGUUUUUGUUAUCAUUACUUCGGUACUCAGGAUUCAGGAUAGAAGUUAAGGAGUUAACUGCAGGAGUAGUGAGGGCUGUUAAAAUCCCUUUUCUUAGACACUUUUCAGGAUUAAGGAAUGUUUAUAUAAGUGCAUAGAUAACCGCUUUAGACCUCAGCCUGUAUGGAGAUAGGUUCUCUUGACUGGCGGUCACUGAACGAAUGUUUUUCAGCACCCCUCCCCUUUGGACAGCUCCUACACUGUCUUCACUUUCUGCGGAGCCAACUCAUUGUACUUUUGAGGCAACACAGUGAAGGCAGAGGAGAUAUUCUAUGCUAAUUGUGUUAGUAUAAGCCUGUAAUCUACGUAGAGAUUAGUUUCUAUACGUUUUUCGCAAUGGCAGAACGGAGGCUUCUUCAAAAAGAUGACGAUGAGGGUUCUCUAUUUUCCAGACUUGGGACAGACAGUCCAAAACCACGAGUGAAAUUCGGGGGCAUGUUUUGCAAUGUCGAGGGAGCAUACGAAAAUAAAACGCUGAACUUUGAAUCGUUCAGUCCAAAUACUGCGCGAAAGAUUACCAGAGGUCGGGCAGACUGCUACUCUGACACUUUCAGUGACUCCGGGAGCGUCAGGAGCGACUUCUCCAGUAUCAGCCACACUCCAAACCGACCUCAACCUGCGGCAAGCUCUCAGAGUCAGUCCAUAGUGCAUCCCACCGGACCCAAACGUCUUCAUAACGCACGACGUGAGAGCGACCGCCUCAUCAUCAAAGGAGGCAAGAUAGUCAAUGAUGACCAGUCUUUUUACGCAGACAUUUACAUUGAGGAUGGGUUCAUCAAGCAGAUCGGGGAGAACCUCAUCGUGCCCGGAGGGGUGAAGAGUGUGGAUGCCUAUGGACACAUAGUCAUACCAGGGGGCAUAGAUGUGAACACCAGCCUGCAGGCCCCUCACCUGGGCAUGAACCCCGCUGAUGACUUCUAUCAUGGCACUCGGGCAGCGCUGGCUGGGGGCACCACUAUGAUCAUCGACCAUGUGUUGCCUGAGCCGGGCUCCAGCCUAUUGGCUGCGUAUGACCAGUGGAGGGACAUCGCCGACGUUAGGAGCUGCUGCGACUACUCCCUGCACAUGGACAUCACCCGCUGGCAUGAGGGCCUGACUGAGGAGGUGGAGGCUCUGGUCAAGGACAAAGGAGUGAACUCAUUCUUACUCUUCAUGGCAUAUAAGGACAAGUACCAGAGCUCGGACAGCCAGAUUUAUGAAGUGUUUGGGCUUCUGAGAGAUAUGGGGGCCAUUGCCCAGGUGCACGCAGAGAAUGGGGACAUCGUAGAGGAGGAGCAAAAGAGGAUUCUGGAGCUCGGUAUCACUGGCCCUGAAGGACAUGUGCUGAGUCAUCCUGAGGAGGUGGAGACAGAAGCGGUGUAUCGUGCCAUCACUAUUGCCAAACAGGCCAACUGCCCUCUUUAUAUCACCAAAGUAAUGAGCAGGCAAGCCGCUGAUGUCAUCGCCAAGGCCAGAAAGAAGGGCAUGGUUGUCUUUGGAGAACCAAUCGCUGCCAGCCUGGCCAUGGAUGGGUCCCAUUACUGGAGUAAGAACUGGGCCGAAGCUGCUGCCUUCGUCAUGUCCCCACCCCUCAGCCAAGACCCCAGCACCCCAGAGUACCUCAACUCCCUGCUGGCCUGCGGAGACCUUCAAGUGACCGGCAGUGCCCACAGCACCUUCUCCACCGCACAGAAAGCCGUUGGAAAGGACAACUUUACUCUCAUCCCAGAGGGGACAAACGGCAUUGAGGAGCGCAUGUCAGUCGUUUGGGACAAGGCAGUAGCCACUGGUAAAAUGGAUGAGAAUGAGUUUGUGGCUGUGACCAGCACCAACGCUGCAAAGCUCUUCAACCUCUACCCUCGCAAAGGCAGGAUCGCCGUGGGCUCUGAUGCUGACCUGGUCAUCUGGAACACCAAGGAGGCCAGAACAUUUUCUGCAGCCACACAUAACCUGACAGUUGAGCUGAACAUCUUUGAGGGCAUGGAGUGCCGCGGCUAUCCUGAGGUGGUCAUCAGCCAGGGCAGGAUUGUCCUGGAGGGCGGCCAGCUCAACGUGACAGAGGGCUUGGGUCGCUUCAUCCCCAGGAAGGCCUUCCCUGACUAUGUCUACAAGAGGAUCAAGGCCCGGAGCAGGAUGGCAGAUGCACGUGGAGUUCCACGAGGAAACUAUGAUGGACCUGUCCAUGAUGUCAUCAGUGCCACAAAGUCUAUGCCUUCCACUCCUACCACUAGGGGGCCUCCAUGUCCAGGGAAGACUGUGUUGGCAGCAGGCAGAAACCUCCACCAAUCAGGAUUUACUUUAUCUGGAAAUCAAAUGGAUGAUCACAUUCCAAGGCGCACAGCACAGAGGAUUGUAGCGCCACCUGGUGGUCGGUCCAACAUCACCUCCCUCUCGUGAGUCAUAGGCAGUGACCACAUGCAAAGUGUAGCAACUGCAUCAACCUCUCCUACAGUAACUCAGAAGCAACACUUCCAUGCAGUCUUACAAUAUUCAUUCAUAUCAGCCAUAGUGGUAUCUCAUGUAGGACAGUGCACACCAACUGGCCGUUACAGUAACUUACCCAUAUGAAUCCCCUCUCAUGUAGCCCAUAGCCUGUUUGUGAAUAGCUUUUUCCUACCACUGAGUCCCAGAUCUUUGGUUCCUCAGUGCAAACAUUCAUAGAUUAGCAUGCACCUUAUUCUGGUGAACAUACAGUCAGCAGUAGCAUAGAGCUUUGGUUCCAUUCAGUCAGUUCAUCCUUGUCUGCUAUUUUCCUCUGGACUCAUUCUAGUGCAGUGUAAGUGCUUCAGUCCCCACUCUCAUUCUCAACCAGGCCGGUCCUUAAAUGAGUAUCUACAUUGUGGACUCAUUUGGAAAAGAAAAUAAUCAUAAAAGCUGCCAGAAUUAAUCUCCAUAACAACUGUAGUCAGGUUGUCUACAUAUUUAACAAAAUGGUAGAAACUUAGCAAAGGUUGAAAAAUAAAAAAAGUGGAUGUAAAUCAAUGGCUGUAGUCUUGUAGUUUUGCUUCCAUGAUUUCAGUCGUUUGAAAUGUUUCCCGGGCCUCCCUGUUGGGAGUCGUAAGGGUGCCUAUAGGAUUCUGUUAUUGUUGGAUAUCAUCAUCAUUCCUCAUGCGUAAGAUGGACAUCUCACCUUUUUUUAAAGAUAAUUGGUGCUCUGGAUGACUUUCUAGUAUUGCAGGACUGUGAAAAACAAAACAAAACAACAAAUAGUCACUUUUUAAACCUGACUCUAAUUUCUAGUUAUUUCAUGCAAUGUUUUGUCUUUGUAAACCUCCUGUUUGUAUUUUUACAAGGCCUGGUUUAAAAUUAUGGACAUUUUGUAGCCCAAGUUCUUGACCAAUCUUACCUUGACCUGUUUGGCCUCAACUAUGCCAUUUGAAAGGUUGUAUGUGUUUGUCAACAACUUUCAUUUUAAUGAGGACCAGUCAAAAGGUCCUUUUUUUGUACCUUUUUUGUGUGGCCAGUGUGUACAUAUAUUGUCUGUUCUUUAUUGUGCAUGGUAGGCAUGUCUUCAAUAAAAAUGUGUUGGGAAACUG